UGGGUGUAGAAGUAUUUUUGGUUGUUUGGAUUUCAACCGUUCAUUUUGUAUGUAUUAUAAGAUUUGUUAGUUAGUCAUUCAAACAUGGAUCACAAACUCAAUGAAUUAACUGAAAAUAUUAAGCAAAGAGGUCGUGAAGGCGCUUAUCCACUAUUCAAACAAACGGGUCCAGAAUAUGUGAUGCCUAAGUUUCCAAUUGAAAGAAAAGAAAUGGAGGAGCAUAUAUUAGAAUUUAAAUUAGCCAGAUCAGCUAGUACUAUGGAUGGUGAUUACAAAGUGAAUACUAGUGAAGACAACCGCGAGUCAGUUGCGCUGAAAGCUUUUGGUUUGGAUAAUUACAAUUCUACGAGCAAUGCGAUAAAUGGAUCAGCAGAAUCUGUGAGUAGUAAUAAACAGAAUCAUACUUGUGGAAUAUUGUUGGGUAAAAAUGAUAAGACGAAUGCAGAAGAAGAUUCAUGCGACUGUCUGUCUCAGCUACCUGAAGAAUUCGCUCAAGAACGUAGUGCUCAACCUAGUUUCUCUACUUCAAGCACUAAUGCACCAUCAUCUUUGGAAUUUACUAAUCGUAUCCAGUCAAGACUAGCUCAAGGUGGUGGUGGUGGUUUCCAAUAUCAAAAUGAUCAGCCUGGUGGAGGUGGUUCUAUUGUUCGACGGUUGCAUAGUGUACCGGCUACAGUUAAUGAUGGUCUAGCAAUGCAUUUAACACCUGGAUCUAGCAUGUAUGCUGAUGUAGCUCCUGUUAUACAAGAAGUUGAAGUAGCCGCUGAGGCACACUUGGAAUCAGCAGCUGUAGAAUUUCAACGUGUUCAAAUCUGUGGUGAUGAUACUCUUGGGGUACCCGUGGAUGAUCUGCAUUUCGCAUCAGAGGCUUUAAUCAAAGCCCUGCUGUUACGUCAUAAGUACAUUACAGCAUCGCAUCAAUCAUUUUAUCGCACCACAGCGCGUUAUUUAAGCAUAUUGGAUUCAGGUUCAGUGAAAUUAUUGGAUUAUGAAGAGAAACGUUACAAGACAAUACAUACUCCUGUAUUCGAUCAUCCCAUACAUCCACCUGAAAAAACCGGUGAUCCAUUCGAAAUCGACUAUUGGCCUGAACCGUUGAAUGUGAAACUUGAAUUCCACAAAGGGAUUAUGCAUGUUACACGUGUACGUGAAACGGUUAAUGGUAGCGGUGGUGGUGGUAGCGGUGUUUCGGGGAGUACUGACAAGGAGAACGGCGAAGUCCAUCAGACAAAUAAUGAUCACGGUGACGUUGAUGGUGAUGAUGAUGAUAACGAUAACGAUAACGAUUUACCAGUAUUCAAUGUGCCCUGUUUACAAACCUUUUUCUCAGAUUUUGAUACAAUACGUACAUUUGUAGCCGAUGGUCCAUUGAAAUCAUUCUGUUAUCGUCGACUCACCUAUUUAGCUUCCAAGUUUCAACUGCAUUCUCUACUGAAUGAAGCUCGUGAAUCACUUGAACAGAAACGUGUAUCACAUAGAGAUUUCUAUAAUAUUCGUAAGGUUGACACACACUUGCACGCCUCAUCAUGUAUGAAUCAAAAGCAUUUGCUGCGUUUUAUCAAGAAAACUAUACGUACUAAAGCAAAUGUACACGUGUGUGAAGAUCCAAAAACGAAAAAACCAAUCACAUUGAAUGAACUAAUAGACAAAAUUGGAAUUACUCUAUACGAUUUGAAUAUUGAUAACUUGGACGUUCAUGCUGAUCGUAAUACGUUUCAUCGAUUCGAUAAAUUCAAUGCCAAGUAUAAUCCGAUUGGUCAAAGUCAACUACGUGAAGUAUUCUUAAAAUCGGAUAAUUAUAUCAAAGGCGUAUUCUUUGCACAUGUUUUAAAGGAAGUUUUCUCAGAUCUAUCUGAAUCGAAGUAUCAAAAUGCUGAACCACGUCUAUCCAUCUAUGGUAGAUCGAUUAAUGAAUGGGAUAAUUUAGCUAAAUGGGCUAUUGAUUGUAAAGUGUAUUCAGAUAAUGUACGUUGGUUGAUACAAGUCCCACGAUUAUUCGAUGUUUAUCAUGCUAAAGGAUCAAUGAAAUACUUUCAAGACAUUAUUACAAAUGUUUUCCAGCCAUUAUUUGAAGUCACAGCCAAUCCUAAAUCACAUCCUGAGUUGCAUGCAUUUCUCCAGUAUGUAACUGGUUUCGAUUCUGUGGACGAUGAAUCCAAAUCGGAUAAGAUUGUCUUCAAUAUCUCUACGCCAACACCGGAUGAGUAUGAUUUAAAUGAGAAUCCACCUUAUUCUUAUUAUAUAUUCUACAUGUAUGCUAAUAUAGCUCAAUUGAAUCAAUUUAGAAGUCAUCGUGGAUUGAACACCUUCUCAUUCAGACCACAUUCUGGUGAAGCUGGAAAUAUCAACCACUUGGUUACAUGCUUUCUAUUGGCUGAAAGUAUUAAUCAUGGUCUAUUGUUACGUAAAGCUCCUGUCCUUCAAUACCUCUAUUAUCUUGCUCAAAUUGGAAUUGCAAUGUCACCGUUAAGCAAUAAUUCCUUAUUCUUGGAUUACCAUCGUAAUCCCCUGAAUGAUUAUUUGGCACGUGGCCUGUUCGUCAGUUUGAGUACCGACGAUCCAUUACAAUUUCAUUUUACAAAAGAACCCUUAAUUGAAGAGUACAGUAUAGCUGCACAAGUGUGGAAAUUCACUUCUACUGAUAUGUGUGAAUUAGCCCGUAACAGUGUGCUGAUGAGCGGUUUCUCUCCUUUGAUUAAAUCUCAUUGGCUUGGACCAAAUUACACGCAAGAAGGUGUUAUGGGAAAUGAUGUCACUCGAACUAAUCUGCCUAAUAUUCGUGUUGCGUAUAGAUUUGAAACAUUGACACAAGAGCUACGCCUACUGUUAAAUUCUGUGCUUGCCAAUCGUGCUAGUGGUUCCGUUUCACCGAAUACUGCAUCAAUACAUUCACCAAAGAAGAUUUAUGCAUCUCCAACACGUGGAGUUGGCACGACAGCAGCAGUAGCAGCAGGAGGCGGAGUAGGAAGUGGAAUUGGAGUUGGAGUUGUUGAUCACCAGUCAACAAAAUAAACUGUGUUCUUAUUUUUCCCCUCAAUCGAUACCAAGAAUAUCUCAUUUAUCGAAUUUCUCUCUUUCUCUCUCUCUCUCUCCCUCUCGCCUUCUUCUGAUUUAUGAAUCAAUCAAGCGAAUCUAUUUUAUCAGAAUUGUUUUAAAAAAAUGAAGCUGGUGUACACAUUUUUCUUUGUUAUACAAAAAAACUGCCCUAGAGAUUAAAUUAAAUCAAUAAAGAUGAAUGAUAGUUAUGAAUAAAUCGAUCAAUGAUUCAAUCAGGUAGCGAUGAUCCACACACACUCACUCACUGUCAUGAUUAUUAUUAUUAUUAUUCAUAUUCUUAGUAAUUUUAUGCUGCUUUACUGUGUCCUAUAUGUUCCUCUUUAUUCCUUCACUAUUAGUUAGUCUUCUGCUCACAAUACGUUCACAUAAUUGUAGAUAAACCCCGUUUUCGGGAAAUUUAAUUUGUGUAUCUCAGUCCUUAUCUCUCACAAACACACGGACACUGUCCUUUUCCAGUUUAUUGUAAUAAUUGUGGGGGGCUAAUUAACUUUGAGACAUUUGAUGGAUGUACUAGGCUAUUACAGAUGCCGAUGAAGAGGGCGGGGCUGUGGGGAUCAUUUCCCCUUUACAUCUGUUCUAUGUUUCUUCCACUUUUUCUCCAGAAUUUGAUUAUUUGUGUGUGUGUAUGUGUACUUGUGGGCGUGAGCAUGCAUGUUUGUGUGUAUGCUGUUACAAAGACUUAAACUCACUUGCUUCUAGGGGCGCGCAUGAUAUGCACAUUAUGCGUGUUUGUGUGUGUAAGGUGUGUGGUUUGAGAAAAUCUGUUUCUCUACGUAUGUAUGUAAGUAUGUAUGUAUACAUCAAUAUUUUUCUGAUUAUUAUCCUUCCGAUUCCAAAAAAUAAAUAAAUAAUCGAUCAUGUUUUAAACGGGAGUGUUUUCUGCGUUCUUUCAUGUUUUGAUCGAUAUAAUGUCAAUGAUAUUGUGUAUGUGGGGAG